CGGGGAGGGCGGGGCCUCGGGCGCGUGCGCGCGGUCGCACAGUGCCACUGACCCGCCAGCGACCGGCAUGACGGGCUGGGCGCUCGCUGCCGCCCCCGCCUCGCUGCCGCGCCAUGGAAUGCCUGCGGGGCCUGCCCCGGCUCCUGCCGCGCGCGCUGCGGCUGCCCCCGCGCGGCCUGUGCGCUCCAGCCUGGGGCCUGACCGCCGCGCGCGCCACCGGACCCCUCGGCGGGAGCUGGGCCGCACCGCCCGGCGCACCGCGCGGGCCCCGCCUGGCAGGUGAGAUGCACCAGCUGAGAACGGCCGAUGUCGCGCAGGCCACGCUCGCCAGCGUGGCCCCCGUGUUCACUGUGACUAAGUUUGACAAAGAAGGAAAUGUGACGUCUUUUGAGAGGAAGAAGACGGACUUAUAUCAAGAAUUAGGUCUUCAGGCCAGAGACCUGCGGUUCCAGCACCUCAUGAGCAUCACCACCAGAAACAACAGGAUCAUCCUGAGGAUGGAGUACCUGAAGGCGGUGAUCACCCCCGAGUGUCUGCUGAUCCUGGAUUACCGGCACUUAAACCUGGAGCAGUGGCUGUUCCGGGAGCUGCCCGCGCAGCUGGCCGGCGAGGGCCAGCUGGUCACGUACCCUCUGCCUUUCGAGUUCAGAGCCAUGGAGGCCCUCCUGCAGUACCGGAUCAGCAAGCUGCAGGGGAAGCUGCGCCUGCUGGAGCCCCGCAUCCUCGACACGCUGGAGGCGUUAGUGGACCCCAAGCACUCCUCGGUGGACAGGAGCAAGCUGCACAUCCUGCUGCAGAACGGCAGGAGCCUGUCCGAGCUGGAGACGGACGUCACGGUGUUCAAGGAGGCCCUCCUGGAGAUCCUGGACGACGAGGAGCGGCUGGAGGAGCUCUGCCUCAGCAAGUGGAGCGACCCCGAGGUCUUUGAGCAGAGCAACGCGGGCAUCGACCACGCGGAGGAGAUGGAGCUGCUGCUGGAGAACUGCCACCGGCUGGCCGAGGACCUGGCGCACGCGGCCCGCGAGCUGCGGGCGCUGAUCGACGACUCGCAGAGCGUCAUCUUCCUCAACCUGGACAGCCACCGCAACGUCAUGAUGCGGCUGAACCUGCAGCUGACCAUGGGCACCUUCUCGCUCUCGCUCUUCGGCCUGAUCGGAGUGGCCUUCGGCAUGAACUUGGAAUCGUCCCUGGAAGAGGACCACAGGGUGUUCUGGCUGGUCACCGGGGUCAUGUUCAUGGGCAGUGGCCUGAUCUGGAGGCGGCUGCUGUCCUUCCUCGGGCGGCAGCUGGAGGCUCCUGUGCCUCCGAUGGCGGCACCCCUACCUAGGAAGACCCUGCGCGCAGGCGGACGGCUGGACGCGAAGCCCAGCCUCAGGCCGGACGGGCUGGGGUCCAGCAGGAGCGUCCUCACGCCCCGGUGAGCCGGCCGCCGGCGAGGAGAGAGCACAGAGCUACGGUGUCGCCCGAGGAAGCCCGCAGCGACCGCACUAGGACGCAACCCGCUUUCUGGGCUCUGAGGCCACGGGCUCCGGCCACAGGUCAGGACUCUGACGGAGGCAGACGGCUGGCGGAACCACGGGCCGUGGCCUGGCCUGGACUUCUCGCGCAUCGAGGACAGGAGGUCCGCAGCCGCCGGGCGGAGACGGUGCAGAGACGGCCGUCUGUGAACUCCUGCUCAGGUGCCCGUGGCUGGGCCAGCCGCGCACAGCAGCCUCUCACUCCUUUCACUCCGAGUCUGUGCGGGAGCCACUGCAGCGCCUGUUUCUGCUCCGCUCCCCUCACAGACGGAAUAAACGGGUGUGACCCUCUCACAUCAGCUUUCUGUGUACCCCAGUUCAUUCAGAUACAGCUCUCAACCCCAAACUGCUCUGGGCGUGGCUGUGACUGUGCCUGGGGAGAAGAGCUGAAAGAAUUCCUCAGUUUCCGCUCUGCUUUUCGCUGCUUGGUGGUUCCUGGUGGGGUGCGGGUGGGGCGCCCCAGGCUGCAGGAGGGGAGACUCCUGGCUCUGCCAUCCCCUUCACUUUCAACCAGAGCGCAGGUCAGAGCAGGCUUCCUCGAUGCCCCGACCUUUCCUGUCUGGAGGUUCAGGCAGGGGUCCCCUAACCCUACUCUGGCCCCAACAUGAGCCCUGACCCUGACCCUGAUCUUGUGCCCUAGCCUCUGCCCAGAGCUUAAGGCGACCGCCCUAAGGCAUCCGCCUCACCUCUCGGUCCCAUCCUCCCUGGCCUGAGCCAACCUUCACCCAGCCCAGUGCCCGGGGAGGCGACUCGAGCCCCCCCACCCGCUCCAGCCUUCCCGGACCCGCCCUCACCCUCCUGGGUGGGAGUUUAAGACGCGCUUUCUAGGGCGCCACCCCGAUCUGGAGGCCAGCUCAGCCACCCAGCAGGGGAGCCCAGCUCCCAGUCCUGUGUCCCUCAGAACAGUUAAGCCUCCCUCUUCACCGGCUCCCUGUGCCGGCCAUCUCAGCGCCUCCGCCAGCAGCUCAGCUCCUUGUGUCUUAACCACCCGCUAGCCUCACCCUAACCGAACCGCAGCCUCAUCCAGGCAGCCCUGCAGGCAGCAUGGGGGCGUCACAGACACCCCCUGCUCUGGUCCCGGCUCCGGAGGACACGGAGGCGGCGGCUCAGGCCCCUGUACGUGGUUGGGUGAUCGGAAUAAACCUGCUUUCCCCGGCUGA